UCUCAUACCUGGAAAGGUGUCACCAUGGUUUAAUUACGCCUUCAUUGCUGACUUGUCAAGCGCGUCUCCUAGAUGAAUCAGCGAGAUGCCAUCACAGAUCCAUCUAAUAAACACGGUCACAGCGGCUGAAAGAAUUGUCUAUAAACUUCUAGUUGAACAGCCCUUAUUAACCUUCAACUGCAAGGGUACAGACAUCGGACCCAGAGGCACACUAACAUUGGUAACUGUAUCAACACCUGAUGGAAGAGUUUAUAUAUUUGAUAUCAAAGCUGAUCCCAAUAUUGUAUUAAACGGUGGUCUUGUUAGGUUAAUAGAAUCAGUUGAUAAUAUAAAGGUUCUUCAUGAUAGUAAGAAACAGGCAGAAUGUUUAUAUAAUCAAUUUAAAAUUCGUCUGAAACAUAUUUUUGAUGUUCAGGAUAAGUAUGCAGAUUUAAUGGAGAAACGAGGGCUUCCUAGACGUAAAUUAACAUUACCGGCUCUAUUAGAGAGAUAUAAUAUAGAAAGAUAUACACCAUCUAUUAAAUUACAGAAACUGCUUCGUGAAGAUAGAAAUGUAUGGUGCCGUAGACCCUUGACUAAGACUGCUUUGUGA